GUAAAAUUAAGUUAAUAUGUUUAAUGGUUACCAGUACGAUAAGUAAUUGGCAUUCACAAAAGAAAUAGACAAAAUUAAAAAGGACUACAUGAAGUAAAGAGAGAAUCGCAAAGGUAUUUUUAAGAGAUUAAAUCAGAACUUAAUCAAAGAUUGUCUAAAAACUAUAAGAAAAGAAUCGAAAAUUUUGUGAUAAACAUGUUGGAGAACCCUAUCGUAUGCAAUGAAUACAAGCCGCCUGAGGCAUAUUAAUUUAGAGAUGAAGAUCCCACGAAGAAUCUUGGAGAUCCACAAAUAUAUGUUAAAGGAUUUAAGCAUGAAAAGGAUAGAAUCCAAGAAGCAUAGGAGAAAAAUAACAGUUUGGAUUUCUUGCCAAAUUUAAAGGCAGGAAAAUAUUGCUUUAGAGAAAGAGAUCCUUCUAAAGACAUAAAAAGAGAUGUUUUUAGAUAUAGAGAUAAAACUGCAUUAGCAAGAAUAGAAUAAUAUUUGAAAGAUCAUACACAAUCUCAAGUGGAGAACAUGAAAUUUGAUCAUAAAAAAUUACUAAAUUUAGAGCAUUUUUCAGAAGGAAUAUCUUCCCUAGAAAGGAAGGCAUAUUUAUCAAGAUUGAUAGCAAAGAAUUUGCUACCAUCAUUACAUAAUAAAACUCAUUUUUAGGCUGCUCAAACUAUGUACAACAAUCUACCAUGUAAAUUUAUAUGUAAAAUACAAAGUAACUAUAAUGGAUCAUGCAAGAUCACUUCCUUAGGUUCAUACAUAGGAAGAUAGCAGAAGAAAACCACCUACAUCUCAAGAAAGACAAAAAACUAUCUCAUAUGAAAACUAAAACAAACAGGAUGAGAAUGGAACUCAGCCAAAAUAAAGCAUUGAAACAGAGACAUUCAAUCCUGUUGAAACUUCAAAAUAAAUCUUAAAGAAAUGCAAUAUAAUUAAAGAGAGAAAUAGCAAAGUAGAAUCUCCAAUAAUCUAUUAGGCUCCUAUAGUUCAUUAAGGCUCUGGACAUUUAAUUUCCACACUUGAUAAAUCCAUUUCAGAAAUCUAUAAGGAACUUUACAAAGUUGAAAUUGGAUAAUUAAAAUUGCGAUGA